AUGGAGCAUAGUAGGGACUCUCUAUCUGAUGGGCUUUCAGGAGGUGGUCACAUGACCAGUUUCCUAAAUAAUCAAAAAUGUGAAUGCUGUGGUGCUGCAUUGUGGCUUCCUGAAUAUAAAAAGGACUCGUAUCUGCCAUGCUUGCAAUGGCCCUCUUACACAAGUGAUGCCAGCUCUUCUAGCCCACGUGUUCUGCACAACGUCUAUGCUGCCCUGUCGCAUUUUAACCAUACUCCCACCCCACUUUCUGUUUCAUUCCUAUGCAUCAAUCUACCUUCCUGGCUACCAAACGAGUUCGUUUGA